AUUGUCAUCAAUUUGAUCUUACCAAUCAAACUACCCAAAACCCAUCAACAUGUUCAAAUACGUUGUUCUCGCCGCCCUCUUGGCCGUCGUCUUCGCCGCUCCAGAACCUAAACCAGGCGUGUUGGCUGCCGCUCCCUUGAUCGGUGCUCCAUUGGCUUACUCUUCACCGUUGGCUUACUCCGCCGCCUACUCCAGCCCAAUCGUUAAGACCGCUUACGCCGCUCCAUACGUAGCAUCUCCAUAUGCUUACUCCGCUGGAUACGCUUCACCGUACGCUUACUCCGCUUACUCUCCGUACACCGCUCCACUUGUCAAAUACUACUGAGCUAUUAUUUGA